ACAUGACCUGAUUUCACAAAUUCACCAACCAAAUAAUGUAGACACUCUUCCACCAGGCAACUGUAUAUAUGAAAUGCUAGAUAAAACAAUGCUAUGGAUUCAAAAGCUUCAGCAUUGUCUAGAAAAUAUUCAUGAAUUAUUUGGUAAUAAAUUAGCUAAUGUUGAAUAUGAAUUAAAUGUAACAGAUUUUGAAAAUUUUCGUAUAUCAUUAUGUACUGAAAUAGAAGAUAGAGACUUGAAUUCAUUUACCUCUAUACAUUUGCCAUUUAGUGGUGUAAAUGGUCUUGCAUUUGCUCGCACUUUUUUGACCAUAUUUUUUAAUAAAAGUUUUUUAAAAAUUCCUACUUGUGAAAAAAUCUCUUAUGUCAAGCUUUUGGAAGAAAACCUGUCUAAUAGAUGUUCAGCUACAUUAGAACUAUUAAAAACACUUGCACAGUGUAAUUUUUUUGAAGAAUUUGAAGUAUUUGCUAAUGCUGAUAUAGCAGAACCAGCAAA